GGCCGUUUGCUCUAAACGCACAAUGGCCGCCCCGCAAGCGCCAGACCCCUCCACCACCAAGAACCCCCAAGCAACCCUCACCGCAUUCUGGAACAGCUUCAUCACAAAAACCCCGGGCAAGGUCACCACUAUUUUCCCUCAGAGCCUCUACGCGGAUCUCCUUCCGUCGCAGCAGGCAACCCCGGGCCAAUCGUCCGCGCGCAAUGCAGCAGAGAGCUACGAAGCCGCCGCGCGCCAGUGCCGGGCGGAGGUCCAGCGCAUCGUGCGGGAGUGCCACCGCGGGAACGAGAAAUUCACGGACCCCGACUUCGACAUCGAGAACGAUCGCGAGCUGGAGUUGUGGAACUGUCUGCGCGGGUUAGUGCGGGGGGAGACAUUCGGUGGGGAGAGUAGGGGGGUGCCUAUGCGUAUCGCACGCGAAAGAAAUGGUGCUGCGGCGCGAAGGGGGGAUAGAGUGCGGAGAAAGGGGGUUAGGGGGUAUGCUACGAAGGCGAACGACGACUGGCGCUCCAGCAGCUCCUCCUCCUCCUCCUCCGAUGACAAUGAGGACGAUGAAGGGGGCGUCCCCGGCUCCGUCCACCGCGUCGACUGGAUCUUCGAGAACCCCCAGUUCACGAUCGACGGGUAUUCGAAUACCGAUAUCAAGCAGGGCGCCAACGGCGACUGCUGGUGGCUGGCGGCCGUCGCCACGAUCUGCAACCGGCAGGACCUGAUGGACCGGAUCUGUGUCGCGCGCGACGAGGAGUGCGGCGUCUACGGCUUCGUCUUCUACCGCGACGGCGGGUGGGUCUCCACCGUCGUCGACGACAAUCUGUACCUGUCUCACGAGGACUUUGACUUCUACGGGGAUCGCUACGACAGUACGGGCCGCCUGGCGCGGCAGUACCGCCAGCGCCAUCAGACGGGCUCCGAGGCGCUGUAUUUCGCCAAGUGCUCCGAUGCGAACGAGACCUGGUUGCCGUUGCUGGAGAAGGCGUAUGCCAAGGUGCAUGGGGACUACGAGGCGCUCUCCGGGGGCUGGUCCGGGGAGGCGGUCGAGGAUAUGACUGGCGGCGUGACGACGACGAUCGCGACGAACAAGGUGCUCAAUAAGAACACGCUGUGGAAGGAGCUGGUCAAUGCGGAGCGGGAUUUUGUGUUCGCUGCGUCAGCGCUGGGGUCGGGCAGGGAUUGGACGCGAGGGGGUCUGGCGCUGGGACAUGCUUAUUCGAUUCUCCGGGCGACAGAGGAGGAGGAUGAAGAUGGGAAUAAGGUGCGGUUGGUGCUGGUGAGGAACCCGUGGGGAGAAAGGAAUACCGGCGGGGUCGGGGAGUGGAAUGGCCCCUGGAGCGACGGCUCGCGCGAGUGGACCCCUUACUGGCUUCAGAAACUGCAGCACCGAUUCGGCGACGACGGCAUGUUCUGGAUGGCCUAUGAGGAUCUGCUUUCGACGUUUGUGUUCCUGCACCGAACGCGCAUCUUCGACGAGACGUGGACGGUCGUCCAGCGGUGGACGAGUGUCAGUGUCCCCUGGAUCGAAGGGUAUCUUCGCACCAAGUUCGUGGUCGAAAUUGGGGUAGCUGGUACUGUGGUUUUUGUUCUCUCCGAAGUUGAUAAGCGCUAUCUGAGAGGCCUUGAAGGGCAGUACGAAUUUGCGCUGCACUUCCUCCUCCAGGAGGAGAAUGCGAAGCCCGGAGAGCACUUGUUGCUAGUCCGGCCGAUUCAGUGCCGCGGCAACCGCUCGAUCAGUGCGGAGGUUACACUUGAGCCCGGGAGAUACGAAGUUCUCAUCAAGCUUCUCGCAACCAGAGACUCCGACAAGAAGAAUGUGGAAGAUGUGGUGAGGGAGUGGGUGGAGAAGAAUCCCCAGAAGCUAAAACAGGUUGCCAUGAAUUACGACCUGGCGAGUGCUAAAGUUCAAUCUGGGAAACAGAUGGAAGUUCAGAGCAAUAAAGCCUCAAAUGCGACCGCGGAGACUGCAAAGGAUGGAGCUGGCAAGAAUGAGGCUGGCAAGGAUGGUGUCAAGGAUGACAUUGCCCAAGAUGAGGCACACGAGGCAAGAACAGAGAACGAUCUGCAUGGAGCUAGCAAGGAAGAUACUCCUCAAAGAGAAGGUCACGAUUCAGACGCUUCACACUCACAACUCCAAACGCCCGCUGCAUCAACAAAGCUGCAUGAGGAGAAAGACAAUGACGUUGAAGAACACCACAAAGACAAACCGGGUGAAGACAAGAGACAUGAAAACAAUAAGGAUGAUGAGAGGAAGCAGGAUGACAAGAAACACCAUGAAGACAACCGCCAUGAUGACAAGAAGGAAGUUGAUAAGAAAGACGACAAACAAGACAAUGACAAUAAAAACCAAGAUAAGGAAGAAGCAACUUCCCAGGACCAGGCAAUCGAUACAGAUGGCAGUUCGCCAUCGCCAUGGAAUGCAAUCUGUGUGCUUGGCCUGCGGGUCUAUGCCCAUGAUUCUCAAGUUAACAUUGAGCUUGUGAAGUAG